UUCCUUCCUGGAACCUAAACUAGAAAAGUUAACAGAAACUGAUGAUAUUGAACAUUUUUUAAUGACUUUUGAGAGGAUUGCAAUUUCAUGUAACUGGCCAGAGAAUGACUGGGUCUUUCGUCUUGUUCCAUUGCUCACUGGAAAAGCUAGAAGUGCUUAUGUGCAUAUGGACAUUGAUGAAGUGAAUGAUUAUAUAUCUGUCAAAGAUGCAAUUCUUAAGAAAUAUGACAUUAACCCAGAAACCUAUCGCCAGAGAUUUCGUUCUACAGAAGUGGAGCCUGGCGAAACUCCUAAGGAGCUGUAUGUAAGGUUAAAAGAGUUGUAUGAAAAGUGGAUCCAACCUAAAGGUAAAACAGUGAAGGCUAUUGGUGAAAUUAUUGUCUUGGAGCAAUAUCUCCGUAUGCUGUCUCCUGAGCUUCAGGUUUGGGUCCGGGAACAUGAUCCUCCAACAGCUUCCAAAGCUGCUUCUCUGGCUGAGGUGUUUGUGGCUGCAAGACGGAAAGGACAACCAUGGAGUUACUCUUCUUGGAAGACAUCUAAAGAUGCACGCAGGGCUGCACCUGUACAACAUCAUCAAAGGGGUGUAUCUGCUGUGGGUAAGGCCUCCCUAAGGGAAAUCCAGGCAGUAAGCACAACACCCAAGCAAUACAAUAAAGUGCCUAUUUGUUAUUUGUGUGGGCAAGAAGGCCAUACAAAACCCAUGUGCCCAAAGAACCCUCCUAAACUCACUCAACUGUGUGUUAUUCCAUUCAAAAGUGAGAAUUGCAUCAGUGUUGGACAGACUGUGAAAAUGAGUGAAGUUAAAGUCAAUGGGAAAAGUGUAAAGGCCUUAAUUGACACUGGUAGUGUACAGACACUUGUUGAUAGAGAGCUGGUUCCAUCCAAUAUAAUCUGCACAUCAGACACCAUCCUCAUCCGCUGUGUGCAUGGUGAUGAAAGGCAAUACCCCACAGCAGACAUGUAUAUUGAAGUGCAAGGACAAUUAUACCUGUUGAAUGUUGGUGUUGCAGAAAAUCUCCCUCUUCCAGUAGUGUUGGGUAGUGACUUACCCGUUUUGUUUGACUUGCUGCACAAACCACAGAACUGUAAUGUAGUAACUCGUUCUCAAGCAAAAAAGCCAGUAGAGUCUCCUCCAAUACUGAGUGUGCUGCCUUUUUAUGAUGCAGACUUAGAUGUGCAGCCUGGAAAAUCUAGAAAAUCACGUCGACAAAAGCGACGGGAGAAGUUUCUGCAUACACCUGUUGCAUCUACAGAAGGGGUUCAGGAUCUGCCCCAAGAUUUUAAGAUGCCUUUAAACAUAGCUCAAAUCCAGCGUGAUGACUCCAGUCUGGCUGCUCUUUUUCUGAAAGCCAAGGAACCCCAGAAAGGUAACCACAGGGGUAGUGCUGACGAGUUUGUUCUACAGAAAAAUAUCCUUUAUCGCCAACAGGGGGCAUUUAGGCAGCUUGUGGUCCCAAGGGAUGCAAGAGGGAUGGUGCUUACUUUGGGCCACUCAAUUCCCUGGGCUGGCCACCUAGGGACACAUAAGACUCUGGCUCGCAUCAAGCGCCAUUUCUACUGGCCUGGAUUACGGACUGAUGUUGCCCAGUUUUGUAGAACCUGCUCUCAGUGCCAAUUAACCUCCAAUAAGUUCCCUUCAAGAGCACCACUGCAGCCUCUUCCCUUAAUUGACACGCCUUUUGAGCGCUUGGGUAUGGACAUUGUGGGUCCACUUGAAAGAAGCAAAUCUGGACAUCGAUAUAUGUUGGUGAUAACAGAUUAUGCAACCAAGUACCCAGAAGUGUUCCCUUUAAAGACAAUUAAAGCAAGAGCCGUGGCUGUCUCCUUGGUGCAACAUUUUUCAAGGGUUGGAUUUCCCUGUGAAAUUGUGACAGAUCAAGGCACUAACUUCAUGUCUGCUCUCCUAAAGCAGGUAUAUCAGCUACUGGGGAUUAAGGGUGUUCGAACUACCCCUUAUCAUCCACAGACGGAUGGGCUCACGGAGAGAUUCAACCAAACACUGAAGCAAAUGCUACAGAAGUACCACAGGCCUCCACCGGGUUCUCUCCCUUUGAACUUUUAUACGGUCAUGAGAUGAGAGAGAGACUACAAAAGAUGACGGCUCUAGCCCAGCAGCACAUGGCAGAAGCACAAAAGUACCAGAAGGCUUGGUACGACAAGUCAGCCCGGCAGAGGACCUUUGUCCCAGGCCAGAAGGUUCUGGUUAUGCUACCAUCUAGUGAGAGCAAGCUUCUGGCCAAGUGGCAGGGGCCAUUUGAGGUAACAAAACAGCUUGGACCUACCACUUACCGUGUUGUUAAAUUGGGACAUCCACAUUCCACCAAAGUGCUGCAUGUAAACCUCCUUAAGGAGUGGACAGAGCAGCCUAAAAUGGGGGCAGAAGUCAUGCUGAUUAGAGCUGUGGAAGAGGAGGAAGCUGUUGAUGAUCAGUUCCUGCCCUCAUCAACACCGAUGGAGCUUGACUUGAAACAUCUGUCAAGUGAACAACAACUUCAGGUCAGAGCAUUAUGUAAUCCUCAGAUAUUUAAAGAAUAUCCAGGUCGUACAGACAUUCUUGAACAUGAGAUUGUGUUGAAAAGUGAUGCUAAAGUUAAACGUCUGAGCUACAGGAUUCCAGAACGCCUUCUCAGCUCCCUGAAGAGAGAGAUGGAAUUG